AUGAAGUCGAAGAGGAAGGGGACGAAGCACGCACACCAGCCCUGGGCCGAACCAGAGCCGGACUUCCAGCUGGAGAUGGAGCCAGGCUCCAGCGAGCAGGAGGGCUCCGAGGUUUCCGUGCGACUCGGAGGGAGGUGGAGAGGGCCGAGGAGGGACAGAGGGGGGACGCCGGUUGGCUCCCGGCGCAGGCGGCAGCACGGCAGCGCCAAGGAGAGGAACGUGCGCCGGCUGGAGAGCAACGAGCGCGAGCGGCAGCGGAUGCACAAACUGAACAACGCCUUCCAGGCGCUGCGCGAGGCCAUCCCGCACGUCAACACGGACAAGAAGCUCUCCAAGAUUGAGACCCUCACCCUGGCCAAGAACUACAUCAAAGCCCUCACCACCAUUAUCCUGGGCAUGUCAGGGGGCUGCCUGCCCCACUCGGAGAGCCAGGCUCAGGCCAGCGCCUCUAGGCUGCUGCAGUGUUACCAGCAGCAUCUGGAGGACGAGGGGGAGGAGAGCCUGUCCGAGUACCUGACUCAAAUCCACAACUUCAGCCAAGGCAGUUAG